AACUGUCAAACUGAAAAUUGUCUAUUGCUUUUCCGUUUUGGCGCACGCGGAAGUGAAUAGAAUCCAAUUUCCUUUUCCUAUAAAUUUCAAAAAUAAUUACAGUGAAACUUUUAUUCGCGGUAAUUUUGUUGUUCCAUCACUAAACUAAAUUGUGAACAAAGUGCUGUGAUUGUGCUAGUGCAAAAUCAAUCAUGGAAGUCACAGACUUUAGUGAUAUCCUUAAUGUCCGUUCGAUAAAAAUGGAAAGCAGCGAAGUGGCCUUUGGGGACAGCGCAGAGUCCUCGGACCCUCUAUCUAUGAUGCCACAAUAUGUUACAGAAAGUGAUUUGGGCUUGAUCCAGUCGGGAACAGAAAUCCUUCAGACACCACUCACUGUAUUCAAUGAUACACCAGAUGAAGAUGACACGAUGCAAAGCACUGACUCUAGUGAAGAGGUGGUGGUCCAACUGAUGGACAUCCGAACUCGACUGUCCAAACUCCGUUCCAUGCUGGAGAGGAGGCUGGGUACAGAUCUCUCUGAUUACACCUUCUGGCUGCAAGACGCUAAGAUGUUGGAGAGCCACAAAACCCUAGUGGAGCAAUGUAUUCGUGGAGAGGGAGUGGUGCAAGUGAACGUGCAGAUCAGGUCUCAGGAGCGCAAGCUCAACAUCCUGGACGUGCUGAAGCCUGACGAGGAGCUCGCCGCCGCCGACGGCCGCGACCGCGCUCCCGGCGACUAUGUAGACAUAGACGAAGACACAACGAAUCAAACUGAGGAGCUGCUAACAGCGACGGAAGAGAAGACUGUACCAUUUGCGGAGUGUGUGAAGUGGGUUGUCGACGCCAGCUUCAGGAACGACCAUAGAGUCCCUGUACCCGACGAUCCCAAUCUAUGGUCGGUGCAGCACGUGAAGUUCUGGAUCCAGUGGGCGGUGCGCCAGUUCCGGCUCAGCGGCGUCCGACUGGCGGACUGGCGCCUCACCGGCGAACAGCUGUGCGCUAUGUCCAACCAACAGUUCAAAGAAAAAGUGCCUUCAGAUCCUGGCGACUUGUUUUGGACGCAUUUCGAACUGCUCAGGAAGUGCAAAUUCAUAGCCGUGGUCCAAACCGAUGAGACGCAACCCAAAGACCCUUUAGAAAUACAAUCAGCUAUUAAGAAGAAACCGAAACAGCUAGUGAUAAGGCCUCAGAACGAGGAAGACCACGAGUACGUGAGGAGGAACGGCAACAACGGACAGAUACAGCUCUGGCAGUUCCUGCUCGAGCUGCUGACCAGCGCCGACCACUACUCCGCCAUCCGCUGGCACGGCGUGGACGGAGAGUUCAAAUUGCUGGAGCCGGAGCGAGUGGCGAGGUUGUGGGGCGCGCGCAAACACAAGCCCGCCAUGAACUAUGAGAAGCUAUCGCGAGCAUUGAGAUACUAUUACGACGGGGAUAUGAUCGCCAAAGUCGCCGGGAAACGAUUCGUAUACAAAUUCGUUUGCGAUCUCCAACAGCUGAUUGGUUACGACGCGGCGGAACUCGCCGAGCUUGUGGAGGAAUUACACGAGUCCAAAGUACUGGGCGAAUCUUAGGAUAUAAAUGCAUUGCACCCAAGUCUCCUGGUUUCAACAUUUCCCUUCCACAAAAUACCUAAAUGUUCCUGGUUGGUUGCGUGGUCCAUUUUUCCCCUUUGGGUACGGAACCUUAAAAAUAUCAUGUAAAUAAAUAAUUAUAUCUUUCCUUAAAGUUUUAUUAUAAGACAUUUUACGACUACUUUCGCAAAAUUUAACAUUUCA